UAGUGGAAACUUCAUCGGAUUGACGAAAAAUCAUUGUCAAAAAAUCAAAACUGCUUAUCAAUCCAGCAAUACUUUCUCUCCAGAGACUGAACUAUUUACUAUGUGCAAUGAACUCUUCUCUCAAUGUUCAGUUUUUAUAUUUGAGCUCUAAACGCUAGAUUUUUCAGAAAUAUGCGGACACAAGUUACCAAGGCAAUUGGAUUGGCGGUAUUGAUAAUUGACUGCUAUUGAAUUUUGUAUUCGUGCGAAGCUGUGCGCUCAAGCGUAUGUGUGUGUUUUUUUGUAUGUGCGUAGUCACUAGUAAAUUAUGUAUUGCAAGUAUGUGCAAGUUCCGAAAAGUAAACUGAUAAUAGCAGAGAAAGGACGCCGAGUGCGAAACAGAAUACCCUUUUGAAAAUGGUCAAUGUCUAAGAACUUCAUAAGUAAACCUAAAAAAUUGAACUCUCAUCUAUUAUUAAUUUUAAUCAACUUUCUUAACCUCUACUCUUCUAUCGCUAUGCGUAGUGACAGUGAACUUAUGACAUUAUUGAUCGAUUAUAUUCUGGAUACCAUACACUGCAAACAAUUUUUCUUUCGGGCAGUUCGACAGUAGGUCUCAGUAUGCUGUGAAGCCUGUAUUAAGCAAUUCAAUUUGUUCCCGGAAGAUUCAAAACAUGGACCAAUAUGAACGUACUUUGGCUUUAAUAAAACCGGAUGGUAUGCGGUAUCGCGACACGAUAAUUCGUCGGAUUCGGGAUGCUGGUUUUGUCAUCGUUCAGUCUCGAACGGUGAGACUAACCCCGGAACAAGCGUCGGAGUUCUAUCGCUCGAAGGUAGCACACCAAAAUUAUCAUGCCAUGAUUGUUGCCUUAGCUGAGGGGCCGAUUCAGGCAAUGUGUGUUUCUAAAGUUCAUGCAGUGGAUGAUUUGAAGUGGUUAAUUGGACCCGAACGUUAUCAGGAUGCUGUCCGAGAUGCACCCGGAUCCAUUCGCGCCAUUUUACCCGAUAGUAGCGAUGAGGUGAGGAAUGCUAUUCAUGCAAGUGACGAUGCCGCCAGUGCUCGGUUCGAGAUUCGUUUUUUCUUUCCACUGUUGGUAUUGGAGCCGAUUUUGAACGAUCAGAAACUGAACGACUAUCUAUUCGCAAUGGUGAAUCCCACCCUGAUGGACGGGCUGUAUUUGGUGGCCCGGGAACGACCGAAUGAUCCGGUGUUGUGGUUAUCCAACUGGUUGCAGACGAAUAAUCCCUAUAAACCGAAAACAGUAACUGAACCAUUAGGUGCUGUUCGUAGCGUGGUUCAAGAUGGCAACCUGUUAGAUGCGAUUCCCGAAGAUGAUUUCAUCGGUGCACAGUCGAUAUGCGAUUGUCAAACUUUCAGAAGUAAUGGACUGUGUUCGUGUUCGCUCUCAACGAUAGCUAAGUCAGAACGGAUUGAGAUUGAAUAA